AUGGGGAAGGGAUAUAAUAACUAUAUGUGUAAGAAGUUUUUCCAUCCAACAAACUUUGAAAACAUAAAACGGAAGUGGAUGGCUGAGCAAGCUAAUGAAUAUGAUACAAAAAAGGAGCUAGAAAAACUCAACCAGUAUCGUAGAGAGCAGGAAACGCUUGAGAAUCGUGUUCUAUUGGGUGAUGAAAAAGCCAGAUUGGGAUUAGCUUGGAUGUACGAUCAACCCGCUUUGGUCGAAAAGGAACAAACUGAAGAGAAGGAUGUGAAGUUCGAAUGGCAAAGAAAGUAUAAUGCGCCAAGGGAAAGCUAUUGCAAAAAUUCAUCAGAAAUCAUGGAUCAACCAUUUGCGAUUGAGGUUCGCAAUGUACGGUGUAUGCGCUGUAAGCAGUGGGGACAUUUAAACACUGACCGUGUCUGUCCAUUAUUUGGACAAUCAUUUACUAAGGAGCCUACAACAAGCGAAAUAGUUGCACUUGACCAAGUUCAGAAAAGUCUUCAAAAGGAAGGUCUGACGUUGAAAAGAGGCACUGAUCUAGAUCGCUUUACAUCUAUAUUCAGCAAAGCUAAAAAGGCAUUAGGUGAUAAUUCAAAGCGUACUUCAGAGGAAGAAGAUUCUCUAGCUAUGGAGUUUCUCAAAAAUCUCUCUGAAAAGCAGCGUGAGAAGCUUCUGAAAAAGCUUUCGAAGCUGUCGGAAAAGUCACCGAAGAAAAAAGAUCACAAAUCAAAGCAUAAGCACUCCAAGAGACAUUGA